UACUUUUUUGAUUUUCUGUAAUUUGCCCUGCAUCAGCUGGCAUUGCUAUGCACAGGAUAUCUUCAUUUUUUUGACUAGGAAGUAUAUUAUAGAUUUAAUACCCCAUUGACUCAACUCAUUACAGCCUUAUUCCUGAUUAAUAUAAGUCAAUGUUCCCUUUAUGGAUAUUUAGAAAAAAAAAAGUGACAUUUAACAUCAAUGAAAAGUUGAAUUAACUUCUGUUGAAAUAUUUAACCAGAAAGAUUCAGUUGUAGCACAAGACAAAAAACAACAUAAAGGUAGCAGUGGAUAAGUUGUAUUUCUACACACAAGAGAGAUCUCAGAACUUUAUAUUCCUGAACACUAAAAGCAUAAUAAACUAAUAAUUACGAUUCCAAACCUGUGCCUCAUUUGAAGUAAUGAAGAUAAAUGCCAAAUCAUUAUACUUAUUAACUAUACUACAACUAAUAAUUAUAUUAUAUUUAUUAUAUUAUAGUUUCUGACUCACUACUCAUUACCAGACACUUUUAAUAGAAAAGGAACAGAAAACAAUUUUAAAAAAUAAAAGAAUCAAAAUUUAAAAAAGCGCUCAAGUAGGAAGUUGAGGCACAUGAUGAUACAGCUGACAAACCUCAUAAGAACACGUCAACAAUGAGCUGUCGCUAACCUUUAAACAGAUACAAAACAGUCUCUCAAAAGGGCUUUCACUUUCCCUUUCAGCCACCAGAGACGAAGUGCAGCUCAUCUGACACACAGAAAGACUGAUCAUUACUGACAAUGCCAGAGAGUGGCAUAGACAUCAACAGCCUAUUGUUGGAUGCUAAUCUUUCAAUAUCAGUCCGAGUAUGUUUCCUGGUGAUGUGCAUCGUGUCCAUUACUCAGCUAGCAGUAGGAGCUAUGUACAAAAAUGACUGUCCACGGCAGCCCUACAUCCCCAUCUAUUUAAUGGUAAUGGGAAUCAUCACCCUGCUGUCCUCGUUCUCCACCGUGGCUUGCAAUGCCAGCUCUGGAAGUCUCCGCAAGGUCUGCAGCUGCCUGAGCGGCCUGGUCUCUCUCUUCCUCUGCUGCUGGUUCAUCGCUGGUAAUGUGUGGAUUUACUCCAUCUAUGAACCCAACUAUGAUAAGACAACAACUGAUGUGGAAGCCUACUGUGACAAGACGGUCUACCAGUUAGCCUUCUGGACCACCAACCUGAUCUACAUCCUGUUUGGUUUUUUGUCUUGUAUUGUCUUUUGUUUCUUUUGUCUAUUUAGUGCAUAGGCCUCCUGUGUUGUGGUGAUUAAAAGGCAGCGACCCAACAAACAUAUAGGAUUGUUGGUUGAUUUUAUAACAGUAAUGAAAAGUAUAUUAAUCUGUGUUUUCAUGUGUAUCUGAUGCACAUUCUGGAGAUUAAAAUAACCUCAAGCACCAGCGUUACAUGUUUUUUUUGUUAUUCAUCUCUUAUCACAAAAAUACUACAAGGUGAGAAGAAUAAAACAUAAUUAGGCUUUUUGAUUCAUUAGUCAUCACUUGU